GGUAUUUGGAUCAAGUGGACUAAUCUACGAAAGUGAAAAGGCCCUGAUGAGAUCAUUUUCCGACUGUCGCUCGACAUCGCACGACUUCGUACUCUCGUCAUGACUCUGGUUCCCCAACGUCCUCUUGGCUCGCAAGGCCUCGUCGUGUCUGCGCAAGGGCUUGGCUGCAUGGGUAUGACUGCAUUCUAUGGCAACUUUGACCGUGCAGCGCAAGAAGCCGAGUCACUGCUCACGAUCUCCAAGGGUCUCGAGCUCGGCAUUAACUUUCUGGACACGGCGUGGAUCUACCAGUCGUUUGGCGCUGGUGGCGGCGGCAACUUUACCAACGAAGAGCUGGUGGGCAAGGCAAUCAAGCAGCACGGCCGCGACAAGUUUGUGAUUGCGACCAAGUUUGGGGUAGUUCGCGCCCCGGAUGGGUUGACUACUGUCAACGGGUCCGAAGCCGUGAUUCGAUCGCAGCUCGCCGACUCGCUAGCCCGCCUGGACGUCGACUACAUCGACUUGUAUUACAUGCAUCGCAUGGAUCCUGAGACGCCUAUCGAAGACACCAUUCGCGUGCUCAAGUCACUCGUGGAGGAGGGCAAGAUCAAGUACAUUGGGCUGUCCGAGUGCACCCCCAGCGAACUCCGCCGAGCGCACGCUAUCCACCCCAUCUCUGCCAUCCAAAUGGAGUGGUCCCUGCAGUCCCGCGACUUGGAAGCGCUCGUCGUCCCGGUCGCCCGUGAAUUGGGCGUCGGCAUCGUGGCCUACUCGCCUCUCUGCCGCGGAUUCUUAACCGCAAUCGACACUUUCGACAAGCUUGACGGAGACGACUGGCGCCGCACGCUGCCUCGGUAUACUGGCGACAAGUUGGUCCAAAGCAAAGCCAAAGUCGCUAAGUUCUUUGACCUCGCAGCGGCCAAGCACUGCACGCCGGCCCAGCUGGCCCUGGCCUGGGUGCAUGCCCAAGGCCCCGACGUCUUCCCCAUCCCGGGCACCAAGUCCUCUACCCGCAUUGUGGAAAACGCGCAUGCAGUGACGUUCACCCUCACGCAAGACGAAGUGGCUACCAUUGCCGCCGCCGCCACAUCAGUCGAAGGUGCUCGGUAUACUGGCAAAGACCACACGUUUAACGCCCGCCUGGACAAGGCGUAGACGAGGACAUACAUAGCACGACUGACGUGGCACGGUGUAGUGGUCGUUGGAACCGCAUGGGACAUACUGUAGUACCGUCGCAAGGUGUUGUUUUUUUCUCUUUUACUAUUACAGUAUAUUAAUAGUACAAGUACAAAGUGCUAUUAAUACAGUAGUACGGUGUUAAUUAAAAUAGUGUACGCGUUAUAUUGUGGAUACAAAUAGCCACAUCGCG